AUGCACCACUCCGGGAUCUACACAAAGGUACAGGAAGUCAUUGACCUUGACUCCAGGUACUACUUGGUUGGCGGGGACUAUCCUCGGUGCAGUAAGUGCAUGAUCCCUGUCUGUCCUUGGAGUACCGAGGUGUUGAGUCAACUGGAUCCUGCCCACAGAAACAGGUUCCCCGCUGUUCUCACCACACAGCUGGCUCUGGACAGGAAGUGUGUGACCAUGCUCAAACCACGAACUGCCGGGAACCGCUCUAGUUACCUGCAGCAAGCACUGGAGGAAUGGUUUGAGACGGUCCAUGCCAACGAGAUCCUGAGUCACCUGGAUGAGAUGAAGGGUGUCAUCACUUCAACUUAUGGCAGGAUCUUAAAGCUCGACUCCACAAAAAAGCUACGUGGACACAGCUGCGCGGACACAGCUACGUGGAUGACAAACGUCAGUAAUGAAUGUGGUCAGGUACUGAACUGUGUGCUAACCACUGGCGAGGGAGCUGGCCUAGAGGACUUGUGCCAAGGCAUCGUCAAGCGCUACCAGGACGCUGGGGAGCCAGAACCAGAUGUCAUUUAUGUUGACCGAGAUGGCUGCAGCGAAACAGGUGCACCCCCAGUUCUUGUCUGGUUUCGACCGUGGAAGACCAAAGUGAGGCUGGAUAUUUUCCACUUCAUGAGGCGAUUCACCACUGGUCUCACAACAGAACACCAUCCUCUCUAUGGCACUUUCUGCUCAAAGUUGUCUGGUUGUAUUUUUGAGUGGGACCAGGAUGACAUCUGUCGUCUCAAGGAAGCCAAGAGGUCAGAGCUGAAGAAAAAGCAUGCUGGUCAUGCUCUUACAGAAGCUCAAGUUCUUGCCAACAUCAGCUCCAGUGAACUAGCCAGGCAUUGCAAGAGGAGAACUCGUGGGGUUGAGGAAACCCGUAGUCUCAUCCAAGGAUUGCUGGAGUCCAUGUGGGAACUGACUGACACAUCAGGUUUACGCCUGAUCAACCCUGAGAGCAUGGAACGUGUGUGGGAGACACAACAAAAGCACUUAACAUGCAUCCAAGAUCCACCCGGUCUUGACCUGUACACCAAAAUCGGCUCAGGGUUACAGAAGGGAGACAAGGUCCUGGAUGUCUUUAGAUGUGGCAGAGGGUCGUCUUCUGUGGAAAGCUUUCAUCGCCACCAGUGCACCUUUAUCCCGGGUAAGUAGAAAUUAUA